UGGGUUGUACUUGUUGUCAGUCGUGAGGUGAAAAGUGGCUGUCGCUGGGGCCCGGCUUUUUCUCCUGACGGAGUUUUCUUCUCCCCGGGAUUGGAUUUCCCUGUUGUUUUGGGGAUUUGUCAAAGAUGAACUCAGAUGAUUACAUGUCUUGGAGUGGAGCUAACUUGUCUCCUCACCUGCACAGUGAAGAAUGUAACCGAGUUAUCAGUCUGCUCAAAGAGUGUCACAAAGAGCACACCUUUUUGAGAUUUUUUGGCCACUGCAAUGACCUUGACCGUGAGAUGCGGAAAUGCUUAAAGAAGGAGUACCAAGAAAACCGAGCCAAGAGCCAGGCACAUGCUGAAGAGAUGCGUCAGAGGCUCAUUAAUGCUUCAAAACACUCUGAGAGCUGAGCUAUGUUGCAGCUGGACAGCUAUACAUCAUAUGGACAUUUGGCUGAACGCUAAAGGAACAUAUCUUGUUUUGUCUUCUAUACACUUGGAUAUAAAAUGCUAUUUCCUCAGCUGCUGAUGUUUGUAAUAAAAAUUGCUGAAGUUUACAC